GCAGCGAGCCCUUCACUCGCGACGACCGACCAAAAAGUGACCUAUCUUCGACAUAUUAACAUCAGCACGCCAGUGUUCCACCGUCACACUGUCAUUUUUUUCCCGUGCGUAUCGCCUUUUCUGAAUCGAAUCUUGAUGAAAUUAUGGUCGUCUCCACCGGAAGCCAAUUGUUCAAUUGACUGACGACAACAAAGCACCCACACCACACAACCUCCACCUGUCCCAUCUUCCACCCCGAAAGCUCCAGCACACCAUGACGCGCGCACAGCAGACCAUCUCCAUCGCGCUCCUCGUGAGCUCGCUCUACCUCUGCCUCUACCUUGAGCUGCUCCCACUCCCACCCGCCGUCCAGCAGGACAUUGUCCCAGUGCUCCCGUUCUGGUUCCUUGUCUCGUUCGGCGCCUGGCUGCUCUUCCGCCUCGGCUGGGGCAUGCUCACCUUCCGCGACACGCCCGACGCAUACGCCGAGCUGAUGGAGGAGAUCAAGAUGGCCAAGGCAGAUUUGCGGACCAAGGGUGUCGAUGUUGACUAGGGAAGUUUUGGAGAGAGCAUGCGACGGCAGCGGGAGGAGAGAAUAGAACGGGAUGGCUAACACAGCGGCUGUAUAACAGACGGUCUAUGAAAUAAUGCGCAUGUGGUUGGUUGAUUUAGACGGAGAGCCAUGACAAGCCCUCUGACUCUGUUGCUAACUGGUCUUACCGGCACGGCGAAUGGGUUACAGGUUUCAGAAAACCUUGGUUCGAGAUGAGGAAUUGUGAGCCCACGGUCACGGGUGCUCUUCGUCUCCAGGCGGAAGCACUCUGGAAGUGUCUGACU